AUGAACAUCACAAACAAUACCCAAGUGAGAGAGUUUGUGUUUUCUGGACUCACUGACAAUGGAGAACUUGCCCCGUUCCUCUUCAUACUCUUCUUACAUGUCUACAUGGUGACUGUAGUGGGAAACAUCGGUAUGAUGGCUAUUGUCUAUAUUACAUCUAAACUGCACACUCCGAUGUACUUCUUCCUGAGCUACCUCUCCCUGGUGGACCUUUUAUACUCCUCAGUUAUAACUCCUAGAAUGCUCUCUGACCUUAUCUCCACAAAGAAGGCGAUCUCAUUUGUUGGGUGUGCCCUUCAGUUUUUAUUAUUUGCUGGACUAGCAGGUACUGAGGUGAUACUUCUCGCAAGCAUGGCAUAUGACCGGUAUGUUGCCGUCUGUCACCCUCUUCAUUAUAUCUGUAUAAUGACUAAGAAAAAAUGUUCGUGUCUGGUUAUAUUAUCUUUCACCAUUGGCUUCUUGCAGUCAUCCACGCAAACAAGCUGUGUAUUCAGAUUACAAUUCUGUGGCUCCCACAUUAUAGACCACUUCUACUGUGACGUCCCUCCACUGAUCAAGCUGUCCUGCUCUGACACGAUCAUCUGUGAGAUUUUAACUAUUUUUGCUAUAGUGUCCUGUGCCCAAGGUUCAUUUCUAGUCAUCCUGAUAUCAUACACAUUAAUAAUUUCUUCCAUUCUACAGAUGAAGUCUGCUGAGGGCAGACAGAAAGCAUUCAGUACAUGUUCUUCACAUGUCAUGUGUUCCUCCAUCUUCUAUGUGUCAGUCUUCUUCACUUAUCUACGCUCCCACUCCAAAGUGAUUGAAAACCAAGACAAGAUGGCUGUUGUCUUCUACACAGUAGUGACACCAAUGCUGAAUCCUCUUAUAUACAGCCUGAGGAACCAAGAGGUGAAAAGAGGCAUUAUACGACUAAUGCACAAUUAUAUCGAUUAA